GGGUUAGUUAGGCAUUUAUAUCGUGAAACAACCAAUACGUGAUUGUCUCCUGUGUGAUCAUUGUAAAAUUAAUUCAGUCAUAAACGCUCCUCAGCAUAACAGCUUUAUCACAUAGAUUAUUCACAAUAUUCCGACUAUACUGCAUCGCAUCAUCCCAUCGCAUCGAUGCUGGGACAAGGAGCAUUAUAUUGCAAGAGAUUCUUAGAUAACCUUGCUUGGGGAGCGUCGGCACACCUGCUCCGCAACACAAGGCCACGGGAAGGCUUGACGCCUCCAGUCUUUUAAUCUUCAACAAGGGACCUUGCAAGGUAGACAUGCAGCAGACACUCCUGCUCCUGGCGACGUCGAUGACGCUGCUGUCCUUGGUGUUCAUGGCCCACAUGGUUUUGAACGAUUCCUUCGAAAGGAGGCCACGGCCCGUCGUCUUAAAGAAUGCCGUUGAAAACCCGACGUUCACGGAAAGCUGUUAUGACUACAAGAAUUUCACCGCAGAGAACGUUUGCUGCAGAAUGAAUAAAUACAUAGCAAGCGAUGUACUUCAAUGUGUCAAGAGAUACAACGAUAACCAAAUCUUACAUAGCGGGAAGGCAGCAAACACCAUCUUCCAAGCCAACUCGACCGACUUGACUGCAGUGACCCACAUUGCCUUGGUGGGAGACUCUCACAUGAGGAACAUGUUUGUGUCCAUCGCCCAGCGUGCUGGCGGCGAUAAGUUGCAGUUCAGAAUGAAGUUUGAAAAGGACGCGUGGCGCGAAGCAGAAAAGGAGCUGCACAUGAUGCGGACGAAGAAGCUGAAGCACACGGUGGAGGUGCGCCACGCGAGCCUUCCCUUCCGCGUCACGUGGUACACGGACUGGAAGCUCGACGGCUUCCCCGAGCUCAUUCGUCGCUGGGAGGCCAACGAGGAGCUCAGGCCUUCGCUGGUCAUUACAGGAGGAGGACUCCACUGGAUGAAGACCAACCCCCCUCGCACGGGCGCCCCCUACAGGGCCUUCCUCGCCUCCCUGGCGCCUCACCUGCGCCGCCUCGCGGCCGCCGCGCCGGUCUACUUCAAGCUCAUCGACUUCGUGCCGAGAUCGUACACCCAGGUGAAGAAGUACCCGAAUUUCAACCCGCGAGCCAUCAGCCUGUACAACUCCAUAGCGAGGCAGCAGCUGCAGGGAACGGGCGUGGUCGUCUGGGACAGCACGCUGCGCCUGUCGACGGCCUAUACGGAGGAAUGCGUCAGAUCCAACAGGGUCACGCCCGGCAGCCAUGACUGGAAUUGCCCGGACAACGGGCAUAUAGGUUUCAUCAUGCUUGAGCAGUAUACUGACAUGGUAUACAAUGCCUUUUGCAAUCGAUUUCUAAACUUAACUGACGAUUUUUGUGACAUUUGACGCAGACAGUGCUUAACGAGAAAUAAAAAGGUGGACUUACUCAGAUAUACCCUUAGAGUUCCCAUGAAAAUCCGUUUCUAUGCAUUAUGUAGUGUGUGUGUGUGUGUGUGUGUGUGGGUGUGUAUGUGUAUGUGUGUGUGUGUGUGUGUGUGUGUGUGUGUGUGUGUGUGUGUGUGUGUGUGUGUGUGUGUGUGUGUGUGUGUGUGAGAGAGAGAGAGAGAGAAAGAGAGAGAGUCAACGCGAUUGUAGCAAACGCACUGCCAGGUUGUGUGUUUACAUGCUAGAGAACGCAGUGUGACUAGUUUAUUAUUUCUUUUGUUAGUGUAAACAAUAUGUUCACACACUUUGCCCGGUUAAUGAUUAGGCUGCACUGUAAUAUUCAUUAAAAUACUUAUAAUAUUUUUAUUUGAAACUAUUUGUCAGUAUGUGACGUCAGCUCGCGGUCUUUCAGGCCUUUAUAUUUGUUUAUAAAUAUUUUUUUAUUC